UUUAAUGAAAUGUGUAAAAAAAAAGGAAUGCUUUCUUAACACAUAUGUCUGUUGAAUUGUAAAUAAUAAAUGAAACUGAAUUGUCUGUCAUUCAUUUCAAAUCAAAAAUGCACCCAAAUUAUUUUAAAAUAUAAAAUAUCCACUUCGAUCCACUCGCAGGGUAGUUGAAUGACACUAACAAGACCCUAAGGUGACACCGAGAAUCUUUGGACUGCUUUUCUUUCCCUUGUUUCCUUCAAAGCUUUGGUAAACCAGCAUCCAUAACUCAUCCGAGGCCUCCUCACUAAAGGCACAGCCUCCUUUCCUGUAAAGGUUUUUUAGUGGGGCCCAUUAACACCCAGAAAUUCUCUCCAUGCGUCGGUGCCAACACACAUUGACAUAUUUAGGCAAAAGGGCGUGACUGGAAAAGUGGAAGUGAAUGGGAGAGAAAGGAACCUGCGCUUGUUCCGCCACCAAAGCAGCUACAUCCCUCAGCAGGACCACGUGAUCCCCUGCCUCACAGUCAUGGAGUCCAUGCUUGUCGCCGCCAACCUCAAACUUCCAAGCUCCAAAUCUUUCAAAGAAAAACACAAUGCCGUUGUGCAGAUCCUGCAACACUUAUCGAUGCAGGGUUGUGCGGAGACGAAGGCAUCGUGCUUGUCAGGCGGAGAGAGGAAGCGACUUUGCAUCGCCCUUGAGCUCAUCGCUGACCCUCCGAUCCUCUUCCUUGACGAACCCACCAGUGGACUGGACAGCUCUACCUGCCAGCAAUGCGUGAACCUGUUAAGCAUGCUGGCACGCGAGGGUAGAACUGUGAUCUGCACAAUCCACCACCCCAGCGCGAAAAUCCUGGAGAAAUUCGAUCAUAUGAUUCUCCUCGCUGAGGGACGCAGUCUUUACCACGGCACUGUCUCUUCACUGUUGCCCUUUCUUCGUCAGCUCGGUCUUCAUUGUCCUCCGUAUCACAACCCUGCCGACUAUGGUGUAGGGAAAAGAAAGAAGGUUAUGUCGGGCACAGGACCAAAGACCACCGAGGACGCCGUGGCGGAGUACGCCGUGUCCUUCACGAGCCAGGUAGGGUGCCUGUUCCUGCGAUGUGUGAAGGUGUCCACCAGAGAUUUGGUGAGUGUUCCAACGGACUUCUUGAGAGAUACAGUUAUUUAG